AUGGACGACCCGUUAUGGACUUGGCCAGCCUGGAAAUUCGGCAUGAAACAAGAGGAUUUGUUCACCAAGCUCCACGACCAGUACAAUACCUACACGGUCCCUAUCCAAGAUACUGAAGCUUUUUAUUGUGACAUAGCCGAAAUAUCCUACGAAGCGCAGACGCCAGCCGAAUUUCACCAUUUAGCCAGCCAUCGCAGACAACGACGUCUCUCUGAAUUAAAGAAGUCUCUUGAAUGCGCAAGUUUUGAAAUCAUUGGAAACCCAAAGCUUAUCGAGAUGCCUCAUUGGGAACAUGCAGUCCAGCUUUUCCAGACAAACUCGUUAGACUCCUUCGUUCGAUACUUCGCUUCUUACCUCCCAACCGACCACAUUUGGCAUGCGCCAUGUCAAGAUUCAGCCGGAGCAACCGCUCACGCUUUUCCCAUUUCUCCUUUAACGAAGAGACUUUAUAAGCGCAGCAAAAUGAAUGAGGCGGUUGACCCCGGAAGGCAGACCUUGGUGUUGUCAUCGUCGAUGGUGUUUGGCCGCCUACCAGCGAAAGACGAACUACCGGCGUCGGACAAAGCCUUAGAAUCUACUUGCCUUGCUGCAUUGUCCUCAUUCUCAGAAACGGCCAUUAAGCAUACUCGACCUCAUGAACACAGCGCCUACAUCAGCCAAGGGGUAGCUGCGUUGGCCGCUGGUGAAGGCACAUCGACCAUGUCAGAUUUCGACACAUUUACAAGAACUCAGUGCAGGAUUAAGAAUACACCCAACGAGACAAUACAACUUGAGAAGAGAUUAUCUACUAAAGUAUCUCUUAAGCAGGUUGGCCUUGGAAGGAAGUAUUCGGAAGGUCAGAGAGAGCGUUGUGUCGAUUCACAAGUGAGCGCAUUCCCUGAGAUAUUAGCAUCUUCACCUCCAGAUUUAUCACUUUCAGUGUCUUUACGGAUUCCGGUCGCAUCAGGUGGCACUUUUAAAGUUUUUAAUGGCGUUACCACGGGAUUGAAGCGCAAACGUUAA